GGCAGAGCUGCUUCACUUAUCCAUUUGGUGGGAUGUUAUCACACCCAGUUUUGCUUUAACUCACAAAUGUUUGACUCUGUUUUAAGUCCUGGUGGAUUUUUUCCUUAGGGGAGAUUUUCUUUGUGGGAGCAGCAGGAGCUCUGUAAAGCUGAUACCAAGGCAUCAAGAUGAUGUACCUACCUUGACAAGGGACCUGAGUCAUCAGACAGCUCAUAAAGGUGAGCAAUCAUAUGCAAACCUGCUUCACACUUUUCAUCCAAAAAGUUGUGUCUUGGAUGAUCUUGGCCAGGGAAUUGCCUCCGUGGAUGUAAAUGCAACUGUUCUGUACAAUAGAAAAUUGCAUAUUGAUGCAGAAAUAUGAGUGUCAUGGAUAUCACGAAGAUCUUCUCGCUGCUGAAACCCAAUGAGGAAGAAGAAGACCUUGCACAUGCACGUGAACUGCAUUUAGCGGUCUCUAUGGAUAAUCCAGAAUAUCUGCAAUCUCUGCUUCUAGAAAACAAAUACCUGCAAUUAAUCAACAGCCGGACUGGAUGGGGUGUUCCAGUUACUCCUCUUCGUCUUGCUGCCUCCAUGGGUUCACUGGAAUGCCUGAAGAUCCUCUUGGCCAAUGGAGCCAAGGUUGACAUCCUUGAUGUGAAAGCUCAGACUCCACUUUUCACAGCGGUUAGUGCUGGGCACUAUGAUUGUGUGAGAGAGCUGCUGAAGGCUGGAGCCAGCCCUAGUGGCAGUAUAUACAAUAACUGCUCACCGGUGCUCUGUGCAGCCAGGGAAGGUAGGACAAAUAUCCUUCGGGAGCUUCUGGAAUAUGGGGCAGAAGCCAACGUCAGGUCCAAGUUGCCUAACUGGGCUGCUAACAAUACUUCAUCAACUGGACCAUUAUACCUUUCGGCUAUAUAUGGGCACUUGGAGUGUUUUCAAACUUUGCUUCUCUACGGGGCUGAUCCAGACUAUAACUGUACAGACGAAACUCUCCUGAAAAAAAUCAAGCACCCCAAAACAGUCUUGGACAUCUGCCUGAAACAUGGAUGUAGAACACCUUUUCUGAAAUUGCUUGUUGAUUUUGGUGCUAAUGUAUACCUGCCAGAUAUCCACAUCAGUAAGUCAUUCCCUGACCUUGAGGCAAUGGAGCUUCUGGUGAGAGAGAGAGUGUAUCCCAAGUCUCUGAUGUCUCAGUCCCGCCUGUCCAUCAGAAAGCUGCUGAGAGAAGUUGGAAAAAUACAUCUUAUUGACCAGUUGGGGAUCCCCCAGACAAUUCUUAGAUAUCUGCAGCAUCAAAUCAGGGAGAAAUAGUUUGGCAACAAAACAGAAACGACUGUGAAUCGUCUCAAUGCAAUAUACACACCAGCAGCUUGGGGUGGUAACAUGAACUUGAUCAAAUGAACUUGAAAUUAGAUUAAACUGUUUUCAAAUCUUUCUUGCCGUUCCCUAAAAAAAAUAUUAAUAGGAAUAUGUGUUUUAGAUGCUUUAUAUACUGUUCCACUGCUAAUUAAUGGGCAUAUAAAGUUGUUGUUUUUUCUAAUUAGUAUAUGAAAUAUCAUGUGACUUUUUAAUUUCCAUACAGUACUAAUAUAGAUAUUAUACUACUUACAAUGACACCUCAGUCUGGUUUUGACUUGUUAUAUUUUAAUAUAUUUUAGUGCAAUAUAUUAAGUGUGCGUUACAAAAACAUUAAAUUAAAAUAAAAAAAAAAAGAAUCCUUAUGUCUUGGUUAAGGUGGAUAAUGAAUAGAUGCUCACCACUAUUGUUAAGAAAGCUGAGUUCAUUUACCAAACCUCGGGCUCCGUGGAUGACUAACUCGGAAGUGUACAUUUUCUGUUAUGGACUUUGGUUUCUUGCUUAGUGGAUUCCCCGUAUUUUUUAUUUUUUUUGUACUUUGAAGUGUUAUCAUUUUUCUUGUUAUGGGACCCAACACUUGUUAAGUGUUUUUGUAGAAAUAAGGUAUGUAUUGAUGCACAUUCAUAUUUAUGAGUCGUUUACCCUUUCUGGUUUUCAUUAGUUUGAAAAUGUACGUGUUGGUUCUUAAUUAAGAAUAA